UUCUGACCUCCCUGAAAGAAACACGUUUCGUCUCGCACAAUUUUUGUUUCGACUUUGAUGGCAUCAGGUUUAGUGCUACCUACCUUCCACAAUGCCCACCAUCCAAGCUUGACCACCACCCCACAACCAGGGCUCGGGCCGUUGUCCCGACCCCCAGAUGUCCGCCCAAAAGAGAGAUCAGUGUCACGACAAGAACGACGCACAACCUCAUCUCUGACAUCCUUGAACCCCGAGUCCUCGACCUUGAACUCCUCAGUCGAGAGAGCACCGUCAGUACAUUUGAGACGUGCCCUGAGAGAACACAAGGCUGUGCUAGACUCGGUGAGCGUCGACGAGUCCUAUCUCACUUCCGCUUCCGUCCGUGCUGUGGAGAUCAACCUGAGGGAAUACGCACUUCCGGGGGAGAGGCAGCUGAUCGUGAGCGCGGUGCGCGCGUGUGCAGUGCGUGGGAGGAACUAUCCCAAGGCCGCGGAGUUGCUGAGUUGUAUCAUCGACGCGGACUUUGAGGAGUGGAACAUCGUCCACGAAUUUGCCGACUUUUGCCACGGUUAUGGGGGCGUCGAGAACGUUCCUUUCUUCCGACACUGGCGAGCGGUUCAAGGUCAAGCUCAAGGCCAGGCUCAAGGGGAAGGUCAAGUUCAGGGCCAGGCUCAAGGGGAAAGUCAAGUCCAAUGGGGAGGUCAAAAAGAAAACGAAACUGUUCGUGAAGGACUUUCUGGCAGUCGUGCCGCCGUGAGUGACGUAGCGACGAGACUCCAGGAGAGCGCUGAGCAGCCAGUGAGAGCACAGGCUGACGUCACAGCACCGCCUGCUGCAGGCACGGCAGACGUGAGUACGGCACCGGCUUCAGGACCGGUGAAGGGUCAUCUGACGUCACCACUUCGAGAUACAUCUCCCACAGCCACCAACACCGCACCAAAGUUUGAACCUCAGAAUCAAACAACUCAAGGCUUAAGUUCAAAUACCUGCUGCCCAACUUCUGUUGAUGUGAACGAGAUUAAAAUCGAACUAAAUUCUUCAGCCCCAGCAACGACUGAAAAGGGCAAAAAAUCUGAAACUUCAGAAAGAGGCAAAAAGGUUACUGAAAAAGACUGGGAUGAGGGGAGAAUUGACGAGAAGAGAAAAGGAGGCGAAGAAGAAGUCGUGCAGAAACCAGAAGUGAACCAGGGUCACUCGGAAACAGAAGCCUGCAACAGGAACAAGAGGCCACAACUCACGCAGUCCCAGCGGAGGGAGCAGUUGUUGCGUGUCCUUGAACGUGAGCGGAGGUACCUGAAGGACAAGGUCACGUGUUCUGUGUGCAACUCACGACCAGUGGAGACGACUUUCCUGCCUUGCUCACAUCUCGUCAGCUGUUUGGGCUGUGCCAAAAAGUGUAAAAAAUGUCCCCAGUGCGGUAAGAAAGUGUUGGCAGAGGCCAAGACAUUCAUCGUGUAACGCUCUUCAUCUGGGAGGUCGCGCAGGUGUGAAUAACUGUUUCCAAGUUCUUUCAUCUUGAAACAUAAUAAGUGUUUUCCACAUUUCAAAGACGUUUCGGGUAAUUCAAGUAUUACAAGUCGUAACCUUGCUCUUGCGAUCAACAAACCAAUCACAAAUGUAGAAUAGUCAAGCAGAUAUUUCAGAUUAAUAAUUAAUAACAAAAUAAUAAGGUAGCAAUUAGCCAGCAGAACUGCCAACUUCUAAGAGUUAAGCCAAAACUAAGACCGUCAUUGUGUAACGAUUGGUAUCACUAUUACCAAGCCAGAGACUCUGUCUUAGCCCAAGUUCUGUCAUCUUUAUACAUAACUGUUCACCACAAUUAAAAGGUUUUUCUAUGGAACUAAACUCGAAACCAAGACUGUCUUUAUAUUAUUGAUUGUUGUCAUGGCCGACAAGAUGUUGUAUCAAUGUUAGUUCAUCUUACAGAACAAAUGUUUACCGCUAUGUAACGAUUUUGUGUUCAAAUUUUACAAAAUUCUCUUCUGUUUUUGUGUAGUGGACGUUGUAACUGUCGCCAAUUAAUUAUGUCGUACUGUGUUGAAAUUAGUUUAUCUAUUUACAUAAAUGUUUAUUACUAUUCCAAGGCUUUUUAUGCAACUGAAGCCAUAGCACAAUAAUGUGAUAUUACAAAUAUAACUAUGCUAUAGUUUUGGUCCGUUUUGCCUAGCAGCUUGUAAUUUUAAAUAAAGAUCUGAUUUCUAAUUUACUGACGAUUAUAGGGCAAACAUUAUCAUGCUCACAAUUUCUCUCAAGGGAAAGUUUAUGUAAAAUAAUAAUCUGAAGACUUUCAGGGAAUAAUAGUAAAGGGUGCAUAGGCAGCAGUUGGUGACAGUCUGUUUGGGAGAGAGAAGGAGAGAGAGAGAGAGAGAGAGAGAGAGAGAGAG